GCGGUUUCGCCACUGCACGGCACAGCAAAACAUUCUCAAUUCUGUUGAAUAAUUCACAAUAUCCGAACAUGCCAGAAAUAGAAAAUGCCACCGAUCAGUUGUCUGACUUACUCGACCGCCACUAUAGUGAAAUCGUCGAAGCUUCUGCUCAAAUUAGUGAGGGAACGCCCAGCAGAGACAUCUUGUCGCGUCUUCUUCAACCGAAAUCGACCAUCAGCGUCACUCCUACGCCAAUUUGGAUAAAUCAUGGUGUCUUAAAUCGUGGCAUCGGCUACCGAAAAAUUGGCUUUGGUCAAUGCGGCCUUAUUUUCACUAUACCUGGCUCCUCAACUGUGCUUAAAGUUUCUCGUCCAUAUUUCCACGAGGGCCUUUGGAACGACUUUCUGUGUCAUCUACGCAUUUACGCUGCAUUCGCUAAGCAAACAAUCCGACCAUCAUGCCGUUUGCCACUCGUAUACUCUUUUAUUCCCAAAACGGAUGUUACCUGGUGGGACGCUCAAAAGUCCUUAUUCACCGAGAAUAGCAGCACAUUCCCACUUCCAUCCAUGGGUCUCGUCUCGCAGCGUAUUCCCCAGCUGCUACGGACGCUUCGCCAUGCUCUCAUCGAUUUUUACUGUCCGAAGAAUCUAAGAGAAGACGUCCGUUCAAAUACUAUUAACAGAGAUUGUCUUGUACGAAUAUACUUGGGUCGACGUCGUAACUACAAUACGCCGCUACCCCCAAACUUCUCUCUCCGCAACUACAAUCUUUGCCUUGAUCAAAUGCUCGACUUGGAUCUUCCUGUGAACGAGUACGCUGCGAGUAUCGCUGAGACUCUCGCUAUAAUUCAUUGGGCUGCCCACGUAGACGCCUACGAUAUCGAAUUUGUUCUUGGAGGGGAGAUUGGCUCUGCAAAUACACAACAAGCUACCGAUUUCUUUUCACAGCAACUCCAUGUGCUAGAACAGGUUGAACCCGGAUCUGCCUAUGAUCUCUCAUUACGACAGCGAACAACUCGAAUUUGGGUCCUUGAUUUUAACCUCUGUAGCCGUUGGUCGCUAGAAACACUCUUGAAACGUCCAGAAGAGGUAGUCAACCAGCUGGUUCUUGCAUUCUUCGAGAAUGAUCCCUAUUAUCCUCUUCCAGAGAUGGAAUCUGAAGUUGAUCGAGAGAUUUGGUCUACGUUUAGUCGAGAAUAUCUGCAUAAAGCAAAUGAAAUUCUCAUACAGGAUAGCCACUACGAGGAGACUCAGCAUCUACCAAGAUACUUCAUCGAGCAAUGUGUAGCAAGAGAGCGAAAGAAUCUAGCGCUUGGCUUGGGCCAUGGACAUCGAGAUUUUAAGGGUUAGAUUGCGCUCUUAAAUAUUUUCUUAAAUGGUAGAGCUGGA